UAGGUGUACCUAUAAACUGUCACCUAAGUGUAUAUAAACAUACCAAAGGAUCAUGUCUUUUUGAAAUGAUUACUGAGAGCCCCAGACACAUCAGGAGGGAGAUCAAAAAUGGAGUCCUGUAAAAUCAAAUUCACACAGCCCUUAACUCCUAAUAGAAAUGUUACACAAAUAAAAGAACCUGAGUUGGCUACAUUCAGUUAGGGAACUUGCAGUGUGUUUAUUCUGGGGGGAUUUGUUGUUUGGAGAACAGAGAGGUGGUCUGUUUUGGACCACCUCGGCCACCGGGAGCACUGUCACCCACACGGUGCGCACCGUGGCGUCCCUGGAUACCACCGACGCGCUGUGCAUGUAGCUCCUCCACUGAUCAGGAGCGACUGGCUGUGGGGGGAACGGCGGGACAAAUUGGACCCACUACAUCGCCACAUGACGACGAUGAUGGUGGUGGUGAAACGGAAUGGAGUCGAGCAGGGUGGAUUAAUUGUGCACCAUGAAUGACAGGUACCACAAGGCGGCCCGGGACGGCUACCUGGACCUGCUGAAGGAGGCGACUCGGAAGGACCUCAAUGCGCCGGAUGAGGAUGGCAUGACACCGACGUUAUGGGCUGCUUAUCACGGCAACCUGGAGGCACUGCGGCUGAUCGUGGCGAGGGGAGGAAACCCUGACAAGUGUGACAUAUGGGGGAACACGCCGCUCCACCUGGCAGCUGCCAAUGGUCACCACAACUGCCUUUUCUUCCUGGUGUCUUUCGGUGCCAACAUUUGGUGCCUGGACAACGACUACCACACGCCGUUGGACAUGGCUGCCACAAAGAAUCACAUGGAUUGCGUCCGCUACCUCGAUUCCAUCGCUGCCAAGCAGACAGGCCUCAACCCCAAGCUGGUCAACAAGCUGAAGGACCGGGCGUUUCGCGAGGCUGAGCGGCGAAUUAAAGAGUGCAUGAAGAUGCAGAAGAAACACCACAAACGCAUGGAGAGGAAGUUUCAUAAGGACGCUUCUGAGGCUUCUGCAUCAGAUGUCAUGAGCUUUUCCAGUUACACCAGCAGCUCUCUUAGCCACAAGCUGCGCAACUUAAAUGCAGCCACCGUCAGUGUGCCAUAUUCUCAGGCUACGCUUCAUGCCACAAACCGAGGGAAGACAAAGAUUCAGAAGAAGCUGGAGAAGAGGAAACAAGGAGAUGGGACCUUUAAAAUCUACGAGGAUGGGAGGAAGAGUGUGCGCUCCCUCUCUGGACUUCAGCUGGGCAACGAUGUCAUGUUUGUCAAACAAGGGACUUCCGUCAACCCGAAGGACCGUGGCCACCGCAACAUUCGUGACAUGUUCCCCAGAGACAAUUACGACGCCAUUUCACGUGCCAUGAGCGAGCCGGACUUCCAUGGGCCCGAUGUGGACUAUUCUGAGAUCAGCACAGACUCAGGACAUGAUUCCCUGUUCAACCGGCCUGGUCUGGGCACCAUGGUUUUUAGGAGGAACUAUGUGAGUGGGGGGAUGUUUGACCUUGGUGGUCGGGACGACACCAGUGUGGACCAGUCAGGCAAUAAUGUGCGUUUACGCAGUCGGCUGCAGCAGUACCCGAGUGUAGAUGAAGACAGCAUCGGCAGUGCACGCAGCCUGCAGGAGAGGAACGUGGAGGAGCUGCCCUGGGAAGAAGUCGAAUUAGGGCUGGACGAUGAUGAUGAGCCUGACACGAGCCCUCUGGAGGUCUUCCUCGCCACACAGAGCAUGAGUGAGUUUUUCUCCAUCUUCAAGAGGGAGAAGAUCGACCUUGAAGCAUUGAUGCUGUGCUCUGAUCGUGACCUUAAGAGUAUCCAUAUCCCCUUAGGACCAAGGAAGAAAAUCUUAGAGGCCUGUAAGAGACGGCUGGAGACCAUAGAAGACCCAGACUGCAUCGUGGAUACAGAAUUGUGAGUGAAGAGAUUUUCAGUUAUACAGUGUAGUAAGGCAGUACUUGGGAAUAGUGUUUGUUAUGUUGUCUCUCUACUCCAGUGCAAAUCCUCUUCAGUUACAAACACAGUUUUGUCUCUUGUCUUCAUUCUGUCCUGCAGAUAAUAAAAGUUGUUGUAGACGAUCCUCCCGCUGUGUGCUCAUCCAGCCUUAAAGGUCAGUGGAGCAUUGUGGAGUGAAAUGUCACGUAUGGACAAGGAGGACUUAAUGAUUUACCUCUCCUGAUACCUCGGUGGUAACAAAGCAGAAAGGACACUGUCAAGUUGAAUAUGUCAAGCAAGAAGAGACGAGUGUGAGAUAAAUUCUUAACAGGAUUCUUUUACAGUGUCUUGUUAGCCUAGGGAGGAUCACUGAAAAUAUCUCUGUAUGUUAGUUGGUUGGAGUCCUCUGCACUGCAUGGUUUAACAAACUCAAAGACAGUUAUCAGAGUGCAGUACUGUGCAGUGUCAUUUAAUGCCAUGUUGCGUCGUUAACAGAGAAUUGAUUGUGGGGUCUGUGUCCCCUGAACAUGUUUGCCCCUAUGGGGUAAAUCCUACCACCUCAUGUGCCUGCAUUGCUCGUGCCUGUGCAUUUGCUUAAACGUUUCUUUUGUCAUAAAUACCUUUGACAUUACUUUAUUAUUAACUGUUUCAAUUACAACAUUUUGAGCAACAUUUUCUCCCAGAGCCACUCAACUGUUUCCUUACUCAUAUUUCAUCCCUGUACCUGUUUACAUAAAGCAAGCCAUGUCAGUUCAAGUGUUGCUCACUGGCAAUGCAGGCCAAUUGCUCAUUGAGAUUACUGUUUUGAUUUACUGUAGUAUUGUAAACUAUGCAAAGACACAGUAUCUUUAGAUAAUUUUAUAACAGACAAUAUAACAUGUUGUAGUUUUAUAUUUUGCAUGUUCAGUCCAUACACUAGGAGAUUUAUAAACCUUUGUAUAUUACUCAUGUCAGUCUUCCAACUGUUUGUAUCUUGAUUAGUUUUUGUUUUUUUAAAAUAACUUAUGUCUGCACAGGAGCAUAUGUUGAUAUCUCACUUGUUAACAUUUUAGGUGGAUUUUAAAUAAAAAUACUAAUGUUUUAAUGCUGUAAAUUACUUAACUGAUGUAUCCAUAUAAUUUGCUCUCCUUACUGCACUCUACUCUACUUAGGGCCAUAGCUAACAUUGAGGACACUGAGGUUAUGUCCUUGGUCAUAUAUCUGGGAAUUUGGGGGGGUUAAUAAUUACACACAUAUUACACAUAUUGGAUUUUUAGGGCUGAUUCUGAUAUUUCUUAAUAUUUUUUAGUUGUGGCCUACUCUUUCUGAGUAAAAACAUAAAUUAAAAUAAAAGGGGAUUUAGUCAUUUCCACUAAAAUUGCAUACAUGUAAAGAUAUAUACAGAAGGCUUUGAAACAAUAUUUAGACCAUAAUUUCAGAAGAUAAGAAUGUAACUGAACAAUUACAUGUGGAAUAAAAUGUGUGGUUUUAUUUAGUUUUUAAAUACUAGGAAAUGUUGUAUAGAGUUUGGAUGGUAGCUUCUUAAAAAUUGAGAUGGAUGGGAUUCUGCUGGGAGAAUUUGGCCUCAGUAUUUCUGAAGCCCCAGUAUAAAGUAAAUGAAUGCUCACUCAUUAGUGUACCAAACAUGUAAAUUAACUGAGUUCCUACUUAUGCAUAAUGUAACUAAUAUGCAUGUUUGUAUCGUGUUUUAUUAUACAGUUUCUACAGGUCAAUGAAAAUCCCGUCUCAGUUGUUACCGGUUUACAAAGAUAUCAUUUUACGCUUCUGCCAAGACUUGGUGUGUGUGUCUGUGUUUGAGCGGGCGGAAAAUAUUUGUUUUGGCAUCUUUAGCCAUUGUGAUAAUCCUCACAUGCUGCUCACACACACACACACAAGACAAGCGUCAUUCUUUCCUCUGUACUGCAUGACAUGAAGUCAGGAAGUUGUGCUGAAGUGUUAAGCUCCAUGCCUCUUACAACAUUGUUAUCAGAAGGAAACACUGUCAGGCUCUCCCACAUGGGUCAUUUAGCAGCACUAAGGUAUCCACAUGCUAUACUAAUGUUUUCAUUAAUUAAUUUGCCUUAUUGGUGACAGAACCCAGACAUAACUGUUUCUUUAUCACCAUGAAAUAAAGUAAAAUCAGUAAACAAGCCAGGUCAUUAACUUGGACAGAAUGAAAAAGGAUGUUCAUUGCCCUCCCUGGCUUGGUCAUACACUCGUCAUUUCCUACCCAUCUUCUUUGUAAUCUGCUGUGUCUUAAGCUUAGUAAAGUUGGAUACAGGGCAAAGAGAAGAGUAAAACAGGGGAGGGGUGAAAAAUGAGAAUGCUUCAGCUGGCUGAGUACAAAAUACCUGUGUGGUUUUCAAUUAUUUCCUUAUGCACUCUGAGGGUCUUUGGAUCUCAGAAAAGGCAGGAAAAGCAGUCGUAGGCCUUGUGACCACCUAAAGCUCAACUAAAUUAGGUUUAAGGUGACUGGGGGAACACUCUCAAAUAUGGCAACUCUCAGCAGUAAUAAUGAGGAGAAUUUGAAGGAGAGGAAACACAGACGUCAAGGAGGAACCGAAGGAUCCUACCAUCGAGACGUCCGACCCACUCCCCCCACAAGAUGUGUUAUGUUACUCCUGCAUGGACAGCCCCAGAAAGGCCCUAAAAUCCUGUCUGACCUGUCUGGUUUCUUACUGCGAGGCCCAUCUCAGACCCCAUCUGGAGAAUGAUAAAUUCCAAAACCAUCGUCUGGUGGAUCCCCUCCACGACAUUGACGGACUAUUGAGGUUCAUCAACUUCCUCUCGAACACUUGUGUCUGGUGGACGGCUGCUGUGCGUGUCUGGACUGUGAGAACCAGGAGGAGCAGGAAGGGCACACAACUGCAUCUGUGGGGGAGGCACACACACAGAUUGAGACUGAGCUGCAGAAGAAACAAAAGAUCAGUCAGUGUCUCAGCAGCUGACAAAGCAACUGGAAAGCUACAGAGCAACAAUGACCUAAUUAAGGGUUUCUAGACAAGUGCUCCACUUUGUGGCGGUCCUGGCGGGAGAAAAAGAACGUCUUCACUACAGGAGGUUUGUGUUACUGUUGAACAGCCAUUCGCCAGGCUGCAGCCAACCGUAGAGGAGGCCAGAAAAGGGGCGGCAGAGGUGCUGGAGGGAGAGCAGAGACAGGCCUUCAGACAGGCAGAAGGCAUUUAGGCACAUCUGGAGCAGAGGAGAACAUAGCUGAUGAAAACUUUGGCUCAAAUGAACAAACUGUCCAAGAGCAAGUCUGACGUUGACAUCCUGCAGGAGUACUCAGAGUGGAAGAAAGGACUGGCAGAUGUAUGUCUGCCUACUGCGUAAAUCAACCGCAUGGACCAUCUACAUCUCCAAGUAGUGACUGAUGCUACACAGGAGCUGUAUGACCUGAUCCUCUCAUCCUACAGGGAAAAACAUAACUUGAUUUGGAAGAAUG